AUGGUUGAAUGUUCAAUGCAUACUUUUACUUUUUCGUAUAUUAGAUUCAUCACUCAUGGAACGAAAAGAAAUCCCUGGAAGCUUUUAAAGUUACGACUAGGCGGCAAUCUCAACACUGUUGUUACCCACAUCCCUACCGCGUUUUCUGUCUUUUGUUGGCUGAAGUUUGAAUCUGGGGUGGAGGACUGCGCGCAUGUAUUCAACCCGAUUUAUUCCACACUCGUAUAUCAUUCUCCCUGUUAA